AUGGGACCUGUUGCUGCCACUGCUCCUGCUCAGGGGCUUCGGGACUAUGCCCCAAUGAGUCCAGGCAGCCCUGCUUUCCCCCCCCCUUGCGAGCGGAAGCAGCCUUCAGGAUCAGCAGAUGCAGAGGGAAAUUCAACCACCACUUUAGAGGCAGAUCUGGCUUCAGGAAAGCUGCUGAAAAUCCACUUGAAUUGUAAUGUUCAUUUUGCCUGCCCGGAGGUUGGUGCCUCCGCAGCCAGCUCUCCCUGCGGCAACGUACAGGGAUCCCCGUGGGAAAACUCCCCGCGGGAGCCUCCCCUGCCUUCCGGCGACAGCAACGCCUUGCGAGCCGGUGGUUUGUUUCGCCCCCAGCCGAAGGGAUUCGAAGAGAAGGUGAAGUUUAGUGUAAUGAAAAGCGGAGCACGCCGCCUAUUGCUAAAGGUAGACAAGGGUGAUAAACAUUUAGGUUUCCGGAAAGCAGAUAGUGAGGUUAUGACCCUGUCUAGAAGAAUUUCAAAUCCCUAUUUGGAAACUCCUUCAAACAAGAUUUAUGGAGAAAGUUCUUCCUGUGCUGGGAGAGCUCUCAGGAAUAUUUUUACUCUACAAGCGUCUGACCUGAUUAAAGACAGGGUGUACCUUACUGGCAUUUGCAGGAGAAGCUGUGUUGGAUCGGAACUGGUAGACUGGCUUUUGGAGCAGUGCCCUUUUGUUAAGUGCAGAUCUACAGCAGUGGGAGUGUGGCAGCUCCUCCUGGAUAUGGGCAUUAUAUUAUCAGUGGACAGACAACUCUAUUUUCAAGACACUCAUGCUUUCUACCAGUUCUCAGCGGAUGAAUGUACCUACCUUUUCUGUGAAUUUGAGAAAGAGGAAGGAUGGAAGAAUGGGGUAAAGCUCCUACUGCAGCUACUGCCGCUGUCUCCUCCCAGGAUUGACAUGUGUAAUAUGCCUGAUCAAAAAAUAGAAGAUACGGCAGAAACCAAUGCUGAAAUUCUUGCUCGUCUCACUUCUGCGGUUCAGAGAGAACUGGCUGCUGUCAUUGCCUUGAAAGCAAGGAAGUCAGCAAUUCAUCAAAAUGAAGAAAACAGCAGUCAAGAAAUAAGAGGACUAGAAGAGCUCAAGGAUACCUCUGAUGCUCAGGCAGGGGUUUUGUGCAAGCUUCAGGGAAGAGAUGACAUCGGACGGAUUGAGCUGGUCCAGAAGCUGGCGAGAGAAAACUGCCAGUUUUUGCAGGCAGACAGAAAACCACCGGAGAAGGCAGAACAAAAUGCUUUUGAUAAAGUCCCUUGCCAAAAAUCCUUAAAGAAAAUUAAAGAUCCUUUUGAUAAGGAAGAAGAUGCUUUUCAGGACUGA